UCAGUCAGAAUCAGCACCAAUAAAGUAAUUAUGAACUCCUGGUACAUUUUACAUGUGAUUGCCUUAGCUUAAAAAUCUAGCAACCAGCCCUGAAAAUUAAAAUAAAAAAUAUGCAUAAAUGAAUUCGUUGCCAUGUCAGUGCCGCAAUAAAAAAAAGUAAUGUCAAAAUUUACAAAUAUUUUUGUAAACACGAGUGCAUAAAUGAAAUAAUUCUUAUUUUAUGUGAAUUAAGUAACUUAGAAAUGGUUAUAGCUAUUGGGUUUGAAGGGAGUGCCAACAAGCUUGGUGUAGGUAUCGUGAAAGAUGGAGAAAUUCUUGCAAAUUGCCGGCGAACUUACAUUACACCACCCGGUGAAGGAUUUCUACCAAGAGAAACUGCAGAGCAUCAUCAGCAAAACAUUCACGAGGUUUUAAAGGAGGCUCUGGAACAAUCGGGGAUCACCCCGCAGGAUAUAGAUGUGGUCUGCUACACCAAAGGCCCAGGAAUGGGGGCACCUCUCUCGGUUUGUGCCAUAGUAGCCAGAACUUGUGCUCUUCUGUGGAAAAAACCUAUUUUGGGAGUGAAUCAUUGCAUUGGACACAUAGAAAUGGGCAGACUAAUAACCAAAGCCAAUAAUCCUACAGUACUAUAUGUGAGUGGUGGCAACACUCAAAUAAUUGCGUACUCCAGACAGAGGUACCGGAUAUUUGGGGAAACUAUUGAUAUAGCUGUUGGUAACUGCUUAGAUAGGUUUGCAAGAGUAUUAAAACUGUCAAAUGCACCAAGUCCUGGCUACAAUAUUGAGCAAGCAGCUAAGAAAGGAAAGAAAUAUUUGCACCUGCCAUACUGUGUUAAAGGUAUGGACGUCAGCUUCUCUGGUAUCCUUUCAUACAUGGAAGACAAGAUAGAUGACCUGCUCAAAGAGUAUACACCAGACGACCUCUGCUAUUCACUGCAAGAGACUGUGUUUGCUAUGCUUGUUGAGAUAACUGAGCGAGCGAUGGCCCAUUGUAGCUCUGAUGAGGUUCUUAUAGUCGGCGGCGUCGGCUGCAACGAGCGUCUUCAAGACAUGAUGGCAAUUAUGUGCAAGGAACGAGGAGCGAAGAUCUUCGCGACUGACGAGCGCUUCUGCAUAGACAACGGAGUGAUGAUAGCCCACGCCGGGGCGUUGGCACAUGCCUCGGGAACCCGUAUGGAGAUGAAGGAUGCUACGAUCACACAAAGAUACAGGACUGAUGACGUGCUGGUGACUUGGAGAGAUGAUUAAACUGCUGUAGUUUUA